GAGUGUACCGUGAAUGCUCGUUUUAUUACCCAGCCUCCAGUGACCCACCUCCCCCACCCACAAAAGAGGAAGGGUUUCCUUAUUAUCUCUUCGCAGGGGCGUAGCCAGGGGGAUGGCCAAGGGCCCCCCCCCCCCUUCUAGCAGGCAUAAAUACAGUAAAUGUAUGAGACAUCUAAAACACAGGAUAAAAUGCCUUGAAAAGGCCUUUUAUGGGCCCCCUCCUGUUAAAAAUCCUGGCUACAUCGCUGCUUCGAAUAUAAUAAUCGUGUGCUUUUAGCGUUAAGCGUUUCAAAUUUCUUCAUAAGAUUUUGACAUAAGAACUCUUUCGAAUAGGCAGUCCUCGCGACUCUCAAAAUGUGCUAGUCCUACACCUCCCUACGCCCACCCUGGCGGUCAAAAAGUGGGUCAUUUCUUAUUAAGGAAUCUUCAGAUACUAUGCUGUUUUCAUAUGAUACCUAUGACUGCUGCCUGGCCAUAACCUACUAGAUACCCUGCCUGCUAUUUGAUAAACCUACCUACCUACUCAAGAUAAACCGACUUUAGUUAUGCAAUUUGGCAAUAUUUAUUUAAAGGCUUUUUAAAUGUACAAAAUCUUUAUCCAAAGAGAUAGCUUAUCGGAGAAAUAAGGAAUUACAUUCUUGUGAUAAGAAUCUCAGAACUUCUUAUGAUUUCUUUUACUUAAAAAGGAUAUUUUAACGUCAAUAGAGUAAUCCUAAAAAUGGCUUUAGAUACAUUUAAUGCUCCUCUCCAUGUUUCUAUUUUUAUAUACAUUAUCCCCGUACGAUGAUUGUCAUUAUCUAUAUCUAAACCAAGUCAUGAACCUUACAUAAAAACCCACUCUGGUUGGUCAAGAGUUUCAUUACACUUUCUAAGAUCUGAUUGGUUGAUUAUCUGGAUCACGCUUGCUGCCUGGCGCAGAUGGCCUCUGAAUUCCGCUGCAGUCUUUCUAGCCUUUUCCCCAAACAAUUCCAAUGUUACUAAAAUGGCGCAUGUCUGCGUUGAUUCUGUAGCUAACUUGAUCCCGAGGUCUUGGUGAGUUUCUGUUGACAAGGAAGCCAUAUAUGCCGUGAAUUGCUACCUUAAGCACUUAAUGUACUGGUUGGAGUUUAUGAACUUGCCAAUUCAGAGCGAUGGUGUCUACCACGGUUCCAACGCCGGCCAUAGUGUUUAUGGCAGUUAUCGGAAGCUGUUGUCUUUUACUACUCAUUCUCUACCAGUGUCUAAAGGCAGGGCUUUUUUUCAAGACUGAACCACCGGAGAGACCUAACGAGAAAGACUAUGCAGAGCUCGGGGAAGCUUACGCCACUGAAACCGACGAUGAUUACCUAGUUGGAGUUUCCUCCAAGGGUACGAGUCGACGGAGCAGUUUCAACACAAGUGGUUCUAAGUCGGAUGGGGAACUUGCGCUGGGUGAUAGCGCUUCUGUGUGUGGAUAUGGACCAUAUUCGGACUCGGAAUACGGCCCGUCCGACGGGCGCAGAGCCAUGUCAGCGUAUGGGGAUGGUAUAGAUAUGAGAGACGAAGUACUUUCCACCGCGGGGAGAAUCCAGAUCUCUGCUAGCUACGCACCGACGGCAGAGAAACUCUCUGUGACUGUUGUUCGUGCUGAAGAUAUUCCCACGAAGCAACGUGGAGGUGCCUCGUCGGUGCAGGUCCGCAUUGUUAUACUACCGACCAAGAAACAACGGUUUAAAACCAAAGCUAAACCAGCCACCAACCCCAAUUUCCAUGAGACAUUUACAUUUACGCGAAUCACCCAAAAUGAACUUCGAAAUUUGUGCCUGCGAGUUCGACUUUACGGACAUGAGCGAAUUGGCAAGGAUAAGUUGCUAGGGGAGAGUAAAAUAGAGCUAACAGCAUUCGAACUGGACGGAGAAGGGACGCCACUUUGGCGAACGUUGACUCCAGGGAACGCGAUUGGGAGUUCCGACUCUAUGUACGAUUUAUCGGAUACCGGAAGUGUACACAGUUUUGGCUCGUACGGAUCUUCAUCAUCGCUGGCGAUGGUACAAAGCGGUGCCCCGGAACUUCUGGUAUCUCUGUGUUACCAAUCCCUGACGGGGAGGUUAACGGUCGAGGUUCUUAAAGCGAGCAAUCUACGCAAUGUCGCUAUGCAAAGAGCGCCAGAUACAUAUGUGAAGGUGUCGAUGUUCAACUCAAUCGGUCAGCAGUUAUCCAAGAGCAAGACUUCCAUUCGUCGCAGCAUGUACGACCCAGAAUUCAACGAGACCUUCGUCUUCCAGAUCAUCGAGUUCGAGCUCCCGAGCGUCAGCCUCAUGUUCUCAGUGGUGAACAUCAAGAAGAUGAGGAGAAAGGAGAUCAUGGGGUGGUUUUCCAUGGGGCGCGACAACACGGGCGAGGACGAGGAAUCACACUGGAAGGAAAUGAUCGAGGGAAAAGGCAAAGCCGUCAAACGGUGGCAUGUCCUGAGCGCUGUGGAGUAUUGAUGGCAUCUCAAGGCAAGAGGGGGCAGUAUAUGGUAGAUGAUGGCCUGGGGUACGGUAUAUAUGUAUAUGAUCGAGGUUAAGGACAAACACAUCAACGCUAAGAUUAUUGAUGACUUUCGAGGCAUUAGAUGGCAAGUGAUGGGUGAUGAUACCUUGUGAUGAUGGCAAUAGAUGGCAAGUGAUGGGUGAUGAUACCUUAAUAUACAUGAUACAUAUUGGUUGUUAACCCGUUAGGGUUUGUUUUCACAGCCCUUACCCUAUUCCCACAAAGACUGGGGAUGUGCCGUUUGAAGCGCGAGAUUGUAUCGAUUACUCGGGAUUCUAUUGAUUUUUACGGGAUUGAAUCGUUCACUUGGGAUUGUAUCAAAUCACUCGGGAUUGUCUCGAUCACUCGGGAUUGUAUCGAUUACUCGGGACUGUAUCAUCCGCUCUUUGCGGUGGACUCGGCAGCAUCUUGUACAUUUGUUUCUAAAUCUAGUCAAGUCGCCGUUUCCCGUUCGCCAUGCACCCUCUUGCUUGGUCAAUAGAAUCAAAGACUAACGAAAUAAUUGACAAUUGUAGUAUUUAGUAGUUGUAGUUGUAGUACAGUUAAACCGUUUGCCAGAGGAAUGUAUAGUCAUAAGUACUUUGAUGUCACAUUUUAUAUACAACUACAUCCAAAACAUGCAUUACUCUCGACCUACUUUCUACGUCAAAGCAAUUAUGGUUAUGAUCCCCUGUUAUUAUAUUGAAAUUAUUAUGCAAUAAAAAAUAAAAGGCGCCACAUCGACCUAUCCACAAUGCCUUGUGUUCGUCAUGGAAAAAUAAUUCCUUUUAAAAAAUUCUCUUGUUUUUACAGUAAGAAAUGUUAUAUGUACAAGGAAGUUUUUUUUUUAAAUUUUAUCAAUUAUUGUCGGUUUUGUUGGAAUGCCGCCGCUGCAUUGCUAAAUGGAUAGAGCGAAGUGGUGUCACCAUAAAAGAAACAAAAUGAAUUGAACCUUGCUAUGGAAAUGGCAACCGUCCAGGGGUAAAAAGCUAAAAGCUCCAAUGAAAUACCAAAAUCGCAAAAAAAGGAUGUGUCACUCCUAGACUAAAGAUGUUUAAAAUACAAAGUGGUUAAUGACAUUUUUUUACGUUUCUUUCAGAUAACACUAGCAUGUUCAGAAUAUAACUGAUUGAAAAAAUAUAUAGUGUGCUUGUUGCAUUGCCAUUUGCUAAAAAAUAAUAAUCUAGGUAUGUCAAUACAGGUGGAAAUCCAUUAAUAUUUGCCUGAUGAGUUUUACAGAGCGACGCACGCUACCGUGGCCACCUUGACAGCUUUCGGGGCGACGCACGCUACCGUGGCCACCUUGACAGCUUUCGGGGCGACGCGCGCUACCGUGGCCACCUUGACAGUUUUAAAGUGCGAUGCGCGCUACCGAGACCAUGCUUGACUGUUUUAUGAAUUAAGCCAAUAAGGAUGCGAGAAAUAUCUGAUUGACAUGAACGUCACUAGCCAAUCAGCUUGGCAAAAAAGCUUCCGUGCGUAUUAGAACUCCUAGUUAUGAAGUUCGUCUCAUAAUCAAAGCUGUGACGUCUUGGUGCCCACGGUAGCGCGCAGAGUACUCUAACUGUCUAUAGGCCGAUUUAGACAGGAUGAUUUAGUCGUAUGUGACCUGCCUACGACAUGUCUUAUCCAUUAAAAUCCUGUGACAUUUGAGCGUAGACAUAUCUCACAAGACAUAUCUUUUUUUAUUCUUGAGGGCAAGGUAGCUAUUUCACCUCUCCCCAAUGCCUAGCAGUCAAUAAUUUGUCACGUGAUUUGUUGCGCUUGCAGCAUCUGAAGUUGUAAGUGUUCAUAAAUAUUUUCUGUCGUCGCCCUGGAAAAUAUGUCGUUUCAAGUUAAGUUCCAACCAAGUAAAACGGUUAAAAAUAUAACGACGUUCUUUUGAUAAACAAUUUUGUAUUGUUAACCAUUGUUAAUCUCGUUGAACGAGAACCAUUUGUUAUCGAGAGGGUAAAGAAAUGUUAUUAUUAGAUAAUUAUUGAAUAAUCAUUAUUGACAUGUACAUAAGGAUACAUGGAAAAGCUAUGGCAACCAGGCCUUGUAUUGGUCAUGUCUCUAAAGCUAUUAAACAAAUUACUACAACUGGA